AUGUCUGGCUCCGCGGGCCUUUUCCCCUUCUCAGGGCUGCCGCUGCCUCAGAAUCCGCUCGCUUGGAUUUGCACCGGCGCCGCUCUCUUCUGCGGGGUCGCGGCGGCCUGGCGUUGGCGGCGGAGUCGUCGAAGCCAACGGCCGCGGCUGAAACAGGUGGGGACGGUGGCUGGUCUGUUCAUCUACCCGGUCAAAUCCUGCCGGGGGGUGGCUGUGAAGCGAGCCGAGAUGACCAGGCUGGGCCUUGGGAGCGAGAAGCUGCGGGACCGAUUUUGGACUGUGAUCAAAGAAAAUGGACAAAUGGUAUCUGCUAAGAGCAUUCCUCGCAUGGUUCUAAUUAGUGUAUCUUAUGAAGAUGACUAUUUAAUCCUGAAUGCCCCAGGAAUGAAGACACUGCGAAUUCCUGUUGAACUUCCACAGACAAAUUCAAUCUGGAAUUGCACACGAUAUGGACUUCAAACUCAAGGCAGGGACUGCGGAGAUGAAGCAGCUGAAUGGAUCACUACUUUCCUGAACAUACAGCCUUAUCGGUUGGUCCAUUAUGAAACAAAUAUGGUCUCAAGGAAGCCAAGUGAUUUAUUGCCUGCUUUUCUACCAAAAGAUGAGGUUGCCUAUGCUGAAGGCAGUCCAAUUUUGCUGAUUUCUGAAGGUUCCUUGAAUGAUCUAAAUACAAGAUUAGAAAAGAAAGCUUCAAUGACUAUCUUCCGACCAAAUAUUGUUGUUAAAGAUUGUAGUCCUUACGAAGAACUCAUACAUACAAUUUAUCGCAAGUGUGAUCCUUCUGAAGAACAUAUCUACAAGUCUAAUCCUCCUUUUGGAUGGCUAUAUGGAAUUGAGGAAAUGGGAAUACUUGAAGUUGGGGAUCCUGUGUACAAGAUAAUCUCUUGA